AUGACCAACAUCAAUACAUUAAAAUCCUCUGCAUUGAUACCUGGCGAACCAGAAUACAAAACAGAAUUCCAUGAGCUAAACUUAGCUCUUUUAAAUAUACCAAAAGAUGUCGAUGUGAGGAAACUCGUUCGUUUUAGGCCAUUACAGCCUAGACAUUCUGUUGCAUUGCAAGAUAUGCAUUCUCAACUCUUUCCGAUUCGUUAUGACUCCAAAUUUUUCGAAGUGGCUUGUGCCACCGAAAAUGACUCGAUAUUCGAUACACAUUGUUAUUGGAGUUCAUUCAAUCUCUCUUCUUACAAUAGCCAUUGGGAUGACAAUCAGAUAAUGGGAAUAGGACUCUUUUUUCCGAAAAAAUAUUUGGAUUACAACAAAAGAACUAGGCGUUAUGAUAUUGAUGGAUAUCUUGCAUAUCUGAAAGAUUCUUCCUUGUACUAUAAUAUAUAUGAUCACACUUUAGAUCCCACUUAUUAUGAUCCUGAAUUUGAUGAAUACAUUGUUGGAUUUGCCACAAUAUUGAUAAAUCUAGACAUCACAAACAACCUGAUUUCAGACGAAGACUAUUACAUUUUAUAUAACUAUUACAAAGAUAAGCUGGGUCCCGCUAUUAGAAAUAAUCAGUCACCAUCAAAUAGCAAUUCACAGUAUCAGGGCAAUCCCGAGAAGCACAUUACUGACUGUAUGAAGCUCAACGUCUCUUUCAUGGACAAGACAUUCUAUCAGGUCAUAUACAACCAAUUGUACAAUAAUGAUGCAUUGUUAAAGUAUAUUAAAAGGUUCAACAUGAAUGAUCUUAAGACGUUAUAUAUCCUAAGUGCGGGUGUAACAUUAGGUUUACGUAGGAGGCUUUUAGGAACUACUUUAAUACUAUUCAUACAGGUUACGGUUUAUUUUGUUCACUUUAAUCUUUUUCUGUUCGAAAAUAAAUUCUAUCAUUCUCUAGCCUAUUCGGAGGCAUUUAAGCAACAUUUGACUGUGAACAGGAGAUUGCUGGAGAGCAUACAAUUCCACUAUAAUACUUUGUCCUUGGGUAAUAAACACGUUAAUCUCUAUUAUGAUCAUGUUUUAAAUUAUAGAAAGCAUUAUAUAGGAAACCACGAUAUCAAAGAAAAUGAGCUAAUUGAAUAUGAUACGCAUAAAAGUACUAAUUCUGACAAAGAUGAUUUGCAAAUGCCACUGGCACUAUACUUGCACACAAUAUCAUACAAUAAUCAAGCAUCAGAUAUGUACAAACGGUUAAACUUCUAUAAAAUUACAACCAUUGAAAACUAUUAUACAAUUAGAGAAACAAAAUAUGCAGCAAACUUUCUUGCUCAUUUCAUAGUUUCUCCAAAAAAUGCAGUAUGA